AUGACAGACGAUGGAUCCCAAACCCUUUUGACGUCGUCUAUUACCUCCCGUUUCUCCGAGUAUGUGCUUGCGAGCGCACCGCGUGGAGUGCGCGUGCGGUCCAUGGAUCACGAGCUGGAUGCCGUGGAGCAGGCCCUUUGUAAAGCGCGUCGCAUGCGAAACAUGCAGACAUACGCCUGUGCUCUUCCACGAGAGCUUCUUGUGUAUAUCUUCGAAUACCUCCAAGCUAUCUGGCUGCCGCGACGCGAGCCCGACAGGCCUGAUCCUGCCGAGGCGGAUUGCGUCUUCUGCUCUGGGUGGAUUACUGUAACUCAUGUGUGCAGCUUCUGGAGGGAGGUUGCUCUCAAUGUGCCCUCGCUGUGGUCCGGACAAGCCAUCGAUAUUCUCGACAUUCCUCACCAAUAUAUACCCGAGAUUCUAAUGCGAUCUCGCUUGUCUACUCUUGAUAUUGUCCUUUGCUGUGACCACGAGUCGACCCAGGCGCGGGCUGAUCCUAGCCUGAAUGCCUGGUUCUCCCCUGCUAUACUUCGACACGCGAGGAGUCUGUACAUCUGCGCAGAUGAGGAUCUCGCUAACCAUUUAUGGUCACGUCUUCCUUUGAAUAUGGAACUCUUGCAACGGCUCGAUGUAUCUGCCUUUGAAGAUGAAGACGUUCUUGAGUUGCCCGCACCUCUCCGCAAUCUACCGUCGGUCACGAGUCUCACACUCUGGGACUACGCAGUGCCUUGGCGAUCGGCUGUCAUGUCGUCAAAAUUGACCAAGCUAGACAUCGGAUACGAGUUUCUUGCCCCCCCUUCGUCCUACGAGGACCUUCGUGACCUGCUAUCCCUACUGCAAUCUCUCGAGGUGCUUGAGUUAAGAGGCAUAAAUCCCCAUUUCGGCACUGCCUUAAACCAGCUUCCCAAUAUCGUUCUAUCUCCGCUCCUCAAGCGAAUGCGCAUCCAUACUACAAUCGACAGUGACAGCGGCAUAUCCCUAAACAAUCUGAUGUUGAGCUCGGUCCUGAAGACGCCGCCUCAGUGUGAUCGCUAUCUUGGGAUGUACGGCCUAGAACACGAUAUGGCCCUUAUCGAGGAAAUACUGGCUCGACUUCUACCCCUGCUUUCCCUCAUCGACUACGAAGAUAUGGAGCUACAACAUCUUCAGCUAACGCAAUACACCGUCCGGCUUGUAUCAUCCUCCAUUCCACCAGAGUGCUCGACCUCUCCUCAUCGACCUCCCUACGAAUGCACCGCUCACUUUACAUUCGGAGAUUUAAUGUGCCCGAAUCCCCUGGAACUCUACCGGUAUCUCCAUCUCUUCGCCGCUGGGCAUCUCCAUACUCUGUCCUUUGAUGAAAUAGUCACGAGCGCGCUCUCCAGCGAGAACCUCUGGCCGGGACUACUCCGCGCGAAGAAAGUUCGGAGCGUGGGACUUCUGCAGAGCGCGGACGCCUACGACUAUUCAAGUUUUUUCGAUGCGCUCUGUACUGAGCAUCUUAGCGGCGACAGUAUCGAUUCCGCCGGCAUCUUAUUUCCGCAGAUGGACCAACUCGCGCUUCCUCUUUCCGGGGACGAGACAGCGAGCAGCGACGUGAUUGUCGGUCUGAUCGAUCUUGUGUAUGCUCGACAGCAAAAGGGCGCGCCCUUGCGAGAGCUGCUCAUACCGAAGGGAGUCGGGCAUUGGAUCGCAUGGGGCACUCUCCGGACGAUGGUGAAGGUUACAGUGGUUGAAUACCCUACGCAUCAUUCGCCAGUCAUACCAAACUAUAUCGGUCUCUGA